UUGGGCUUAUGCCAAAUAUACAAAAUUUGGUGCAGAUGCCUGAGCCUUAAUGCUUCAAGGUGUAGACCUUUUAGCCAAUGCUGUAGCUAUUACAGUGGGGCCAAAGGGAAGAACAGUGAUUAUUGAAGAGAGUUGGGGAAGUCCCAAAGUGACAAAAGAUGGUGUGACCGUAGCAAAGUCAAUUGACUUAAAAGAUAAUUACAAAAAUAUUGGCGCUAAACUUGUUCAAGAUCUCACCAGUAACACAAAUGAAGAGGCUGGGGAUGGCAUCACUACUGCUACUAUCUUGGCAUGCUCUAUUGCCAAGGAAGGCUUCGAGAAGAUUAGCAAAGGUGCUAAUCCUGUGGAAAUCAGGAGAGGUGUGAUGUUAGCUGUUGAUGCUGUAAUUGCUGAACUUAAGAAGCAGUCUAAACCCAUGACAACCCCUGAAAAAAUUGCUCAGGUUGCUACCAUUUCUGCAAAUGGAGACAAAGAAAUUGGCAACAUCAUUUCCAAUGCAAUGAAAAAGGUUGGAAGAAAGGGUGUCAUCACAGUAAAGGAUGGAAAAACACUAAAUGAUGAAUUAGAAAUUAUUGAAGGCAUGAAGUUUGAUCGAGGUUACAUUUCUCCAUACAUUAUUAAUACCUCAAAAGGUCAGAAAUGUGAAUUCCAGGAUGCUUAUGUUCUAUCGAGUGAAAAGAAAAUUUCUAGCAUCCAGUCCAUUGUACCUGCUCUUGAAAUUGCCAAUGCUCACCAUAAGCCCUUGAUCAUAAUUGCUGAAGAAGUUGAUGGAGAAGCUCUGAGUACACUCGUUUUGAAUAGGUUAAAAGUUGGUCUUCAGAUUGUGGCAGUCAAAGCUCCAGGUUUUGGUGACAAUAGGAAGAAUCAGCUUAAAGACAUGGCUAUUGCUACUAGUGGUGCAGUUUUUGGGGAAGAAGGAUUGACUCUAAAUCUCGAAGAUGUUCAGCCUCAUGACUUAGGAAAAGUUGGAGAGGUCAUUGUGACCAAACAUGAUGCCAUGCUCUUAAAAGGAAAAGGUGACAAGGCUCAAAUUGAAAAAUGUAUUCAAGAAAUCAUUGAGCAGUUAGGUAUUACAACUAGUGAAUUUGAAAAGGAAAAGCUGAAUGAACAUUUGGCAAAACUCUCAGAUGGUGUAGCUGUGUUGAAGGUUGGUGGGACAAGUGAUGUUGAAGUGAAUGAAAAGAAAGACAGAGUUACCGAUGCGCUCAAUGCUACAUGAGCUGCCAUUGAAGAAGGCAUUGUUCUGGGAGGGGGUUGUGCCCUGCUUCGGUGCAUUCCAGCCUUGGAUUCAUUAACUCCAACUAACGAAGAUCAAAAAAUUGGUAUGGAAAUUAUUAAGAGAACACUCAAAAUUCCUGCAAUGACCAUUGCUAAGAAUUCAGGUGUUGAAAGAUCAUUGGUAGUUGAGAAAAUUAUGCAGAGUUCCCCAGAAGUUGGUUAUGAUGCUAUGCUUGGAGAUUUUGUGAAUAUGGUGGAAAAAGGAAUCAUUGAUCCAACAAAGUUUGUAAGAACUUCUUUAUUGUAUGCUGCUGGAGUGACCUCUCUGUUAACUAUGGCAGAAGUUGUAGUCACCGAAAUUCCUAAAGAAGAGAAGGACCCAGUGAUGAGCAGAAUGGGUGGAAUGGGAAGGGGUAUGGGAGGUGGCAUGUUCUGAUUCCUAGAACAGUGCUUUACCAUUAUUAAUGAACUGUGAGAGGAAGCCCACGCUGUGCUCCUCACCCAUAACUUGAGAGAAGUCAGUUGAAGGAAAUGACUGAAGAAAAGCCUGGCUGAUGUUUAAGAAAAUCACUAUAACCAUCAGUCACUGGUUUCAGU